AUGAACAACCUGGCUUCCAGGGAAUUUCUGGAGAACAGGUUAGAUUUAUAUAUCUACGAUUAUCUCGUGAAGAGACAAUUGCAUGCUACGGCAAGAGUAUUUCAGGCUGAAGGAAAUGUCUCAACAGGUCCUGUUGUUAUUGAAGCACCUAGUGGUUUUCUCUUUGAGUGGUGGUCCGUCUUCUGGGACAUAUAUAUUGCGAGGGCAAAUCAGAAGCACACAGAAGCAUCAAAUCAACAAAUUAAAGCUCGAUUAAUGCAUAAGCAAGAACAACAAGAGCUUCAAAAUACAAACCAGAGUCAACAAACACACAUGCAACACUUGUUGCAAAGACGAGCUCAACAGCAGCAACGUCCCAGUGGAACUCAACUUAUUAGUGGCAGUGCGAGCUGUCCUAUUAGCAAUGAUCCUUUGAUGAGGCAGAACCAGGCAGCUUCUAAUGCUAUGGCAACAAAAUUAUUUGAGGACAGGUUGAAGCUUCCGCGUCAGAGAGAUGCUUUAGAAGAUGCAAUUAUUAAGCAAAAGGUAGAUAAUGACGUUGGUCAACUUCAAAACCCAAACCAUGCAGAAUUAUUAAAAGCAGCCGGAAAAUCUGGUGAACUGGCUUCAGGACAGACAUUGCUCAGUGCUCCAAGCAUUUUACAGGGGAACAUUCAACAUGUUCAAAAUCUGAACCAGAAACUUCCAGGGUCUACGCAAGACAUAAAGAGUGAGAUGAAUGCAUUGCUGAGAUCUCAAGCUGCUGUUUCAGAAGGAUCCUUUAUUGGUUGUCAUGGUUCAAAUCCAGGUUGUAGCAAUUUAACUCUGAAAGGAUAUCCUCUACCAGGACUGGAUGAGGUUCGCUCUGGCAUUCUCCAGCCAAAUAAUUUGAUGCAGUCUCCACAAUCUUUCGAUCAACUUUCUCUACGGCAGCAACUUAUGCUUCAGGCGCAACAAAAUUUGAUUUCUCCUUCUGUCAUUGAUUUUGAGAGAAGAAGACUUGGGAUGCUUUUUAACAAUCAAAACAAGGGUCUUGUGAAAGAUGGCCAAUCAAAUUCUGUAGAUGAUUUGGUUCCCAGUAAUGGAUAUCCUGCACCAGUUGGUUCCCUAAUGUUGCCCCAUCCAGACUCAGAUGUGUUAAAGCAACAAAUUCAAAAUAGCAGUCAGCAGCUUCAACAAUAUACACAGCAUCCUCUUCCAAGCCAGCCGUCUGAGAAUCUCCAGCAGCAAGAAAAACCUUGUCCUGGUCCUGGAAACAGGACGGGAGAGGGAAAUGUGUCCAAUACCUUACAAGGAGACGAUCAGGCUCCUAAAAGUCAAACAGUGCGAAAGCGAAAAUCAGCAUCAUCUUCAGGUCUUGGCAAUAGCUCUGGAACUGCAAACACCACAGGACCAACUGCCAGCUCACCUUCAACACCAUCUACACAAACACCUGGAGAGAUGAUGACAGCUGAAAUGGAUCAACUUGUGGGUGAUGGAUGUUUGGGUGACAAUAUUGAGUCAUUCUUAUCUCCUGAUGCUACCGACAUCAGAGAAAAAGUUGGCAAAGGAUUCAUCCUCAAGGAGAUCAAGCAUAUAAUGGCGAGUUCGCAUAAAGUUGAGUGUUGUCACUUCUCAUCAGAUGGAAAACUUCUUGUUACUGGUGGCCAUGAUAACAAGGUUUCUUUGUGGUGCACCGAAUCGUUUAACCAGAAAUGUAUACUUGAAGAGCACAAUGAAUGGAUAACUGAUGUUCGAUUUUGUCCAAAUAUGUUGCGUGUUGCCACAUCCUCAGCAGACAAAACUGUUCGGGUUUGGGAUGUUGAUAAUCCAAGUUAUUCUCUUCGAACAUUCACUGGACAUGCUACAACUGUGACUUCUCUUGAUUUUCACCCUAGCAAAGAUGACCUUAUUUGCUCUUGUGAUGAUAGUGAGAUAAGAUACUGGAGCAUUAAAAAUGGUAGUUGUACUGGGGUUUUCAAGGGUGGUGCAACCCAGGUGAGAUUUCAACCUUGUUUUGGAAGGCUUGUUGCAGCUGCUGUAGAUAAUUUUGUAUCCAUUUUUGAUGUAGAAACCCUGGGUUGCAGACUUAAAUUACAGCAAGUGUUUAGCGGUGAGAGGAACAGAGAUAACAUACUGUUGAAAGGGUGGCCAGGUGCCCAAGGCUCCUCCUUCCUACCACUGGGCCAUAAUAAUGUUGUCCGUUCUGUAUGCUGGAACUUGUCUGGAAAAUAUCUGGCUUCCCUUAGUGAUGAUCUGGUUAGAGUAUGGAAUGUUGGAUCUGGUGGCAAAGGGGAAUGCAUUCACGAGUUGGCUGGGAAUAAAUUCAAUACCUGUGUUUUCCAUCCCUCAUAUCCUUUACUGGCAAUUGGUUGCAAUGAGACUCUUGAGCUGUGGAACUUCGGUGAGAAAAAGACAUUGACUAGGCAUGCACACGAAAAGGCUGUAUCUUCCUUGGCAGUAUCAGAUGUUACUGGGUUGCUGGCUUCAACUAGUCAUGACAAACAUUUCAAGAUCUGGAGCUGGAAGUGA